GUAUGAGGAAUGAAACCAUUUAAGAAUCGUGCCAUUGGUAGACGCUAACCGCCAUUGGUUGAUACACGUGUUACUUGGUUGUUACAACAACUGUUGUUUUUAUCCACCGAUGGCUAUGGAAAUAUCAGAAAAUGGUGUGACAGUCAAGUUUCCUGAUUCUAAAAAGGGAAAAUAUCUUCCCAAAACCGCAGUUUUCAGAGACUUUGCGCUGGCUACUUCUGCACUUUUUGCAAACGAACACAAAGAGAAACUCUCAGCUGGUAAUGAUGAAGAAACACGCAGGUCACAGUUCUGUGCUUGUGACUUAACAGCAUAUUCAGGCAUAGCUGGGUUACAGUGGAAGCAUCACUUGGGAGCAGAUGUCCAUGUGACUCUUGUAGAACUAAGGGAGCCACAGCUGCUGAAGGACAAUGCAGUCCAGAAUGGACUGACUGUCAGUCAUUUACCACUCAAUCCUGCGGUUCCUGCAGGGGCAUCUCUCCCUUCUCAAUCAGCUUUAGAGGUUCAUGUUGCUCAGUGUGAUGGAAAGGUCUUAAUGUUACUGGAAGCAUUUAAUUUCAUAUUUGUAGAUUCUUACAAGAACCCAUCAUUAUACUUCAGCACUUUGUUUCGAAAUGUCCGCAAUGGAGGGGUGGUGUGUGUAGUGGUACCUGACGUCCUGCAUUUUGCACGCACUCCCCAUGUUGUCCGCCGUAGUUACAGCGCCACCUGCAUCAGAACUGAGUACAUCAAGGAACUAGCUGCAAGAAUCAUUGUUGCUUCUCUUGCUGUAGAAGCAGCCAGAAGCAACAAAGGUAUCUGUGUCCUGUACACAGUCUCUCUGGAGGAUGCCCUCCUGAUUAGUAUCCGAGUUACAAAAGGCCCAAAGAUUGCUGAUGAUACAUUACAGAGCAUUGCCCAUGUUCUGCACUGUCGGAUUUGUGAAGAGCGAACAUUUUAUCCAGAAAACAUGGCACCAGUUGAGGCCCCAUACAGUAUGCUAGGUUGUGACUGUCACAAAAAAAUUCCAGGAAAAACUGCAGUCAUCUUGGGUCCAUUAUGGAAAGGCAGUUUAUUUGAUUGGCCUUGUCUUCAAAAACUGAUAGAAGCUGGAAGGAAAAUUACCCUUAGCAAGACAUAUUAUGACCUACUACAGAAAGUUUUGGAAGAUUGCUUGUGUAAUAGCCCUGUUGUUGAUCUGCUAAACAUUAACCAGUCGGGCUUCCAUGAUGGUCACAAGUCUGUUGCAGCAGAAACCUUGGCCAGCAGAAACACUGAUGUUAGUGGUGAAAUGAAACCUCCUCCAUUAGACUCACAAUAUGACAUAGACAUAAAAAAAAAUAGUAACGAGAAUAAUAAAACGCUUACUUCAUCAGAUCUUGGAAGAGAAACACAAACAGGAAAAUGUUCAUCAGGAGAAUGUGCAGCAAAAAAGAAAGAAGACACUAGGCGCAGUAAGGAGUUAUGUGACCCUGACCACUCAGAAAUGGGUCAGAUAGCAUGUGAAGAAAACACUGCAGUAGAGAGAAAUUUUCCAAAGCAAGAGCACUUUAAAAGAGAGGCAUCUACCAGGGAUCUGGGGAGCAGAGAUGGAGUUCCUGACAGUAAGCGACCCUGCUAUGCAGAUGUGAAAUACACAGGGGUAGCUCCAGCCCCACCAUUUUAUUACAGUGUGCAUAGCAAAAAGUUGGGCAAAGUUCGUCUCCCAAAGCAAAAAGAGAUAAUUCAGCAGUUGCAGGCCCUUGGAUUCCGAUGUUGCCGGACACACUUCGAAAAGUAUGCAGUGCGCACGGAUGCUCCUCGUAAAAUUCUUAUGUCCAUUCUUGGUGCUGGAGAGGACAAAGUUAUAUAUGUCAAAAGAGGACAAACUCACAUAUAAAGAGGAAUUUAUUCUGUUUUCCAAAAUAUAAAGAUGAAAAUACAUUUUACAACUGGUUAAAAACAGUUUGUUACAAAAUCUGAGAACAAUUAAUCACUUGAUUGGAACUGGUGACUGGGGGAGAAGUGGAUGGAUACAACUGAAAAACAGCUCAAUAAAAUUUUUUUUUUCAUUUUG